AUGUCCGACGCCGGCGAAGCCCUGGGUCCGGGGCCCCGUCCGGGGGCCGAAGCUGGCGCCCCGGCCCAGGGUAAAUGUGAAAAAGAAAAUACCGAGAGAGAUAUAACUCAUGCCAGGAAUAGCUGCUUCACACACGGAGAGAUGCAAGACCAGUUCAUUUGGGGAAAUUGUUCAGAGGAUGAACUCAUCAGAACCCAACCUCAGCGCUUGCCUCAGCUUCAAACUUCAGCACAAGAACCCAGUGAGGAGGACAUAGACCAGACAAAGAACUGCCACAGAAGUCUGAUCAAUGGAAAUGGAAUUCACCAUGGAGCCAAACACGUGUCUGUGGAUAAUCAAAGACUUUCAGCACCUGUUUCUCAAAAAGUGCAUAGAAAAAUUCAGUCCAGCUUGUCUGUAAAUAGUGAUAUCAAUAAGAAGAGUAAAGUAAAUGCAGUCUUUUCCCAAAAGCCAGGCUCCUCACCUGAAGACUGCUGCGUGCACUGCAUCCUGGCCUGCUUGUUCUGCGAGUUCCUGACCCUCUGCAACAUCGUCCUGGGGCAGGCCUCCUGCGGCGUCUGCACCUCGGAAGCCUGCUGCUGCUGCUGCGGGGACGACGUGGGCGACGACUGCCACUGCCCCUGCGACAUGGACUGCGGCAUCAUGGACGCCUGCUGCGAGUCGUCGGACUGUUUGGAGAUCUGCAUGGAAUGCUGUGGCAUUUGUUUUCCUUCGUAA